ACCUUUUAGUGUCGUGUACAUUACGAAGGAAAAAGAAGCGGCCACAAUGCCGCCCGCCGCCCGCCGCCCAGUUGUAAUCUCGACAAGAGAAAGCGCAACGUCAUCCAGUCAAAUGAUGACACAACAGAAUUGCUGGGCUCCAUCGAAUAGCAUCCGUCGGUUAUCAGUUGUCGAGAUAAGUUUUUUGGUCGAGGGGCGUUGAUAAAGGGGGGACGUUUUACACGGGUGUGAGAGACGGCUGUUUAUCACGCCGACCCAGAGAACUAAACUGUCAAACACAAAUUGAAAGUCAGAGAGUUGAAUCGUCGUCGUCGUUUGGCUGGCGUGUUUUGUUGCAGCCAUGUCGGCUGAAUUUGUAAUCUCGCCGAAAAGUUUGGACGACUCUGCUCUACUAGUGUCAAAUUGUGCCUUCCAUCCGCACGAACCCGUCCUGGCCUGUGCCGUGCAGGGCGGACCCGUUCGCCUGUACCAGCAGCCGGACGCCGUCGGCUCCAUCGUUCCAUUGUCAAAGUGGAAAGAGACCGUCUUCAAUCCGGUUUCCACACAAUACCCCGUUUCCGACGCCUCGUGCCUCCAGUGGGACGCAGACGGGAGGCGAUUAGCAGUCGGUUACCAAAACGGAACGCUGAUCCUGUGGAAUGGCGAGGACGGAUGUCGUUUGCUCGAGAGGCGAAAGCACACGGCCAGAAUCGGGAGCAUUCGAUGGAAUCCAAUCCGGACCAAUGUCUUCGCCAGCGCCAGCAGCAACGACAGGUCGGCCUUGGUGUGGGAUGCUGACAAGAAACCGUCGCCACUCGUUCAACGAUUCACCGACGCCGAUCGGAUUGACGACGUCGUUUGGAUUUCGGCAACUCGAUUGGCUUUCUACUCGAGAGACCAGACCGACGGAAUCAUUCGCAUUUGCCAAAUCGGUAGGGAGAAUCCGAUAAUGGCCUUGGUGCACGGAAACUCGAUCAAUUCCGUACGGUGGAAUCCUCAAGUUAACCUACUCGCUUCCGUUUCAUCUUUUGUGACUAAAGGAACGGGUCACGUCAUGUUGCAGAUCUGGUCGCCGGAUCAAAAUGAUCCAAUCAAAACGUUAAUUCAAGCACAAUCAGAGGUCCGAUGUAUCGACUGGUUAACUCAGGAAAACGGUGCUAAUAAACCUUUAUUCGUUGUCGGGGGUUGCGCUGACGGUUCGACAAUCGUCUGGAACUUGGACGACGAAGGGAAUAGCCACAAAAGACUUGACGACGGCCAUUACGCAGCAAUUAACGACCUGUGCUUCUCGCCGAAUAGAAGAUGGCUGGCGUCCAUCGACAGGGAUGGCCAAUUAAUCAUCAGAUUAGCCGAGGAUUGGCGAAAAGUGUACGAGACAAAGACGGAGGCCAGUAAUUGCCAAAGAGCUCUUUCGUGGAGUGGUUCCAGUGACAAAUUGGCUAUCGUCAAUGCUCGUUAUCAGGUUUUUCUUGUGGAAAUCAUCCAUUAGACCCCGAGCAAUCUUCAACUUCAAUUCACAUGCAAAAUCAUCCAGCCAUUUUAACAACUUUUUCUAUCCUUUUUAUUUUUCAAAUUUCCCGCCGUACGGGAGUGUCUCAAAUAGUGCAACUGCCACACAUCAUAACACGAGUCGGGAAGGAGCGAAACGUGACCGUCUUAUGUUUGCAUUUGCACACACUACACCGCUGAAAUUCGCGCUGCUUGUUCAGCGCAAACGUGCAAACGUGGCCAUUUAGCAUAUCGAGUCGACGAAAAUUAUCCGCCGAAUCGACGAGUUGCUAAUUGGCAAAACUUAAACAAAUGUUUUUAGUGGACUGGUCAGGAAUAGCUCGAAUUUUAGCAGUUUUCUCACAUCGCAAAAUCACAAGAUUAACGAUGCAAAUUUAGUUAAAAAAUGGAACGAAAUUUUUUAUGUUUUCAUCAUUUGGUUUUUCGAAAAACGUAAUUCAAUGAAAGGGAAUAGUUUGCUAUGAACAAGAUAAUAAACUAGAUAAUAUUUGGUUUAUUAUUUUGUUUUAAACUAAAUAAAGACUCAAUAAAGAAAAUCCUAGUCCUCAAAGUAUUGGAAAAACCUGUACGUAGUUAUGGGUGUUUAAGUUGUUUCACACUAACGAGAACCACCAAGUGACUUGCUCACAUGGUUGUUGUUGGACAAGAAAAUUAUGAGAUGACUUCAUAAUUUUCUUUAAAGUUUUCUUCUAAAUUCUAAUUCGGCCAUGGUGGCCUCAGCCUGACCUUUGACAAGUAAACAAAGCUAUGCCUGGGUCUGCCUCUGCUAGACUGGCACACUACGAAAUAAUUCACGCUCAGGUUUACGAAAUGAAGACACAAACAUACUUGCCAAAAUAGUAGAGAGUCCGUUGAGAAGUGAAAACUAUUCCCUUGUAGGUUAUUAUCUCUGAUUUCUAGUAUUGACUGGGGUAAUCUCAAAAAUUAAAAAAAGAAAUAACGUUUUCACGUGUCGUUUGGCUAAAUUGUAGUCUGCAAUCUGGGGCGGGCCUAUUUUGCAUUUGCCAAAUUGCGAAAAAUCAGUUUUUAAUUGAAUCGAAUAAAACCGGAUAACAAUUAACAAGAUAAAAACUAAAUUUAAGUAAAUGAAUAAAACUUUUGCAUUUUUCGUUUAAUAAUUUGUUUAAUCAUCGAAAGGAAUGUGCUUAUACAUUGAUUUAAAAAAA